AUGGAUGAAGACGGACCUUAUUCAUGGUAUCUCCAGCAUACGCCCGCGCCAGAUGCUCGCAAACUGGAGGAUCUGCGCAUCUGGCAGAACGAGCAAAUCUAUGAGCGUAGUAGAAAGGUGUAUUCGCCACCGCUGGAGCCUUUGGGGGUGGGCUGUCAGGAAAAACGAGCUGCGACUGCUCAGCGGGGUCCAGCGAAGCGCCGGCGUACCUGA